AUGCAAAAAUGUUAUUGUCUUUAUUUAGUCAUCAAUAUCAUGAACUCGUUUUUCAGAGUUAUGAAGCAAAAAGAGGGAGAAGAAAUACCAAACAAGCAUCAAACCACGAGAACAAUUGAAAUGAACUUUCACAUCAUUCUAGCUCCGAUUGAAACCUUUAGAAGUUUACCUUUAGCUUCAAAAUAA